ACAUGUGUGCUCCAUGGUGUUGACAAUUACCCCCAUGAAGUAGAUCUGAAAUCUACCACUCUCCCUCAAAAGAGAGAUUACAGAGAGAGAAGACGAAGAUAGAUAGAGAGAGUGAGACUUUCUACUCUACCAAACAAGCCCGCUUGUUACACUUCAAACCCUACUACUCCUACUGUUUUUUUUUUUUCUUUUUUUUUUUUUUUUCUUUUUUCUUCUUCUUCUUCUUCUUCUUCUUCUUCUAUUCACGAACUGUUAGUUUUUGCUGGGCAACAAAGUGAAAAAAAAAAAAAAAAACCCUCGAGAAAUCUCUUUGUGGACUUUCCCUCUUCAAGGGAGAGCAGCAAAAACCAAGAGAAAAAAGAGGAAAGCAGCCAUGGAUUCUUAUGAAGUUACUAGACUCAUCUUCACGAAGAUCAAGAAUUUGGACCCAGAAAAUGCCUCAAAAAUCAUGGGUUACAUUCUCAUUCAAGACCUUGCAGCGAAAGAUUUGGUUCGCUUGGCCUAUGGACCAGACACCCUUUUGCAUUCACUCAUACUCAGGGCUAAAAUCCAGUUAGGGCUUUGCUCAAACACUUCGUCUACACCCUCCACGCCUUCUUCUCCUUCCCCUCUUAACCCCAUAGCGAGGCCAAACAGCUGCAGCAACAGUAGCAACCCAUUUUCACAGUCUUCCCCAAGAAUCCCAAAUGGUUUUGACGUUGGCAGGAACCCAUCUUCUCCGUCUUCAAAUUCCUGGCCGCUUUCUGGGUUCCCAAACAACCCCAUUAGCCCGAAGUCGAGCCCUUUACUCUCCUAUGACAAUAUCCGUACUGGGUCAUUUCCUUUACCAGUAUUUUCUAACCACCAUAAGAAUGGUGGUGAUGGUGCUGGCAGUAGUGACACCGCUGACGAGCAUCAACUCAAUGAGUACCUAUCAUUCUUGAAUGAGUCGUCGUCAUCGUCGAGGGUCGAAGAUUUGGUCGAUCCGCGGGUGGAAUUGGGUCAUGGGGGUCAUGAUUGGGCUCAGUCGUUGAAUAAUGGAGAUGCCCAUUUCCACAGGAGGAGCUUUUCGGCCAGUGAUGCGUGUUUCGGUUCUGAGGAGUCCGCUUUGGGAACUGGCUACAAGCCCUGCCUCUACUUCGCUAGAGGGUUCUGCAAGAACGGAAGCAAUUGCAAGUUUGUGCAUGGUGGGUUUGCUGAUUCAGUAGACGCUUCUGGUGCCAUUGUAGGCUCUCCCAGUAAGCUUGACGGCUUUGAGCAGCAUGAGGAGAUUAUGAGAAUGAAGGCCUCCCAACAGCAGAGAUUAGCCGCAGCUUCGCAGUUCAUGAACGGUGGAGUUUCACCUUCACAAUAUAAGUAUGUGAAUUACCUUUUGCAACAGCAAAAUGACCCCCAGAGAGCGGCAGCUGCAGCUGCAUUCAUAAUGGGGGAAGAGAUUUACAAGUUUGGCCGGUGCAGACCUGAAAGAAACGAUUUUUUGUCAAUGGCUUCUGCAGAAAAGGCAAACUCGGCUUCAAGACAGAUCUACUUGACAUUCCCAGCUGAGAGCACUUUUAAAGAUGAAGAUGUUUCAGAAUAUUUCAACAAGUUUGGACCUGUGCAAGAUGUAAGGAUUCCAUACCAGCAGAAGCGAAUGUUUGGAUUUGUCACAUUUGUCCACCCAGAAACUGUGAGGUUCAUUCUGUCCAAAGGGAAUCCUCAUUUUAUAUGUGAUUCACGUGUUCUUGUCAAGCCCUAUAAGGAGAAGGGAAAAGUGCUGGACAAGAGACAACAGCAUCAACAACAGCAGCAACUUGAGAGGGGAGAAUUUUCACCAUGUAUGAGCCCUUCUGGGCUUGAUUCUAGAGAGCCCUAUGACCUCCAUCUUGGGGGAAGAAUGUUCUAUAAUACACAGGAAAUGUUGCUGAGAAGAAAAUUGGAGGAGCAAGCUGAGUUGCAGCAAGCCAUCGAACUCCAAGGGCGAAGGCUGAUGAAUCUGCAGCUCCCAGACUUAAAGAGUGAUCGUCUCCACCAUCACCAGCGCAGUCUUUCUGUUGGUGCUCCUGCCCCUUUACCCCCUCAAUCUCAGGCUCUGAAUGGUCAAGAUAUUCUGCCAUUUGAUGGCAUUGAGCAGGAAGUCACAGAGGGUUUGCUGAUUGAUGCAGGCCACAAUGAGAGCCCUUCUGCUACCAUUUCUAUCACUGCGCCAGUUGCUGAGCAGCAGCUUCAGGUGGAAGGGAAUACUGCUUCUGUCACCAAAAAUGGCACCAGCACUGGAGAGGAUGAGGACACCAACCCUGAAGACCUUGAUCUUCAUAAAAGUGUGGAGCAUGUCCUUCCUGAUAGCCUCUUUGCAUCUCCUACGAAGUCUGCUGGUGAUCGUCUUUCUGAUUUCUCAACUUCUGCAAUGGAGGCAAAAGAAGGCACCACAUUUCCUUAUGAAAGCAACUCAGCAUUGCCCAUCACUUCUACUAGCUACAUGGCCUCUCAAUAAUGCUUCUUCUAAACGCCAAGCUUUAAAAAUGUAGGUAAUAACAGUGAGCCUGGCCAGCAGGGAUUGACUUUGCUAGGGAAAGUAGAGAAGCAUAUACAAGGAAGGAAACUCCUCUAGAUGUAUAGCUGAAUUAUAUACCUACAUCAAAAGAGUAGUAGAUCCAUAGAGAAGAUCUCAACGAGAGGUCUUGACCGUAUCAUCCAUACAUACUGCUAACAGCAAAUACAUAUACAUAAGAAAGGACAGAUGAAAUUAUUUGUGAUGAGAGUAGGGUUUUCUCUCUUUUCUACUUUUGUACCCUCUCUAUAGGUGUUUGUGUGUGUGUGUGUGUUUGUGCUGGACCACACAGACUAGAGCAGAAACAAGGAUUGUGAACCUUUUAUUGCAUUGUUGUCUACGACACAACUUUUUUUUCUUUUUUUUUUCCCUUUAUUUCUCAUUUCCUUGUGAAGUGAAUUUUAGUUAGUAGAAUUGAAGUUUCUGCUCAGAGAAGUAGAACUAUAUUUCUGUACAUAUAAAUAUAUAUAUUUGUGCACUUGGGCUGCAGCCGAAGGAAGUUGUAAGAGGGGAGCUGAAAAAAAAACUGAUAAGUCGAAAUGAGAAGUCGGGGUUCUGGCUUUCUUGUAUUUUUGCAUUUUGAUGGGGUGUUCUUGUUCUCAAGAAAUACAUGGUGACUGAGGGUGUAGUAUUAGAGAAAGAGUAGGGGUAGAAAGGAGAUUACAUUAUGUGAUCAAAGUUUUUCACUUUUGGAGAUUUUUUUAUUCCGUCACAUAAUUGUUUACUUUACUGAGGCCCACAUGCAGGGUAGAGUCCAACUCUUUGUCACAUGGGUGCUGACAUUUAUAUAUAUAUAUAUGUAUAAAGUAUCAGCUUAUCAAACUCAUUUCCCUUUCAGCUUAUUGAAAUGUUUGUUUCUGAAUCCUUCUGUUUCAUGGAAGAGGGAGCCCUUAAUUAUUAUGGCAUGGAUUUAAAGCUUUUACGGCAUUGGUAGCUUAGCUAGCUAGCUUUACAUUCGCUGGUUAAGAUGGCCCUUCAGUGACACCUAGGGAAAUGUGAUUUCGUAACCCUUGGAAACUUAUAGCAUAUUCAAUGAUGAAAAUAGAAAUCUGAUAUUGCUCUUCACGUGUUUGUAAUUGUGUUUUUGCCUUUGUUUGUCUUAUCUUUAUAUAUGCAUGGCAUAUGUAUAAAAGUAAAUCUUUCCACGGUUAAUGGGGUUGUGUUUUCAGUUUUUAGCCAUUCUAAUUGAAGAUUUUGUUUCAACAUAUUCACCAUUACAUAUAAUUGGAGAGAGGAGGUCCUCUUUUUAUUUUUAUUUUUUUUUUUGGGUAAUAGGCGGUCCUCUUGUGAUGACAGAAAUUUGUGUUUUAUUUUGUAUUUGAUUUAUUUAUUUUUUAAAGUAGUUCGGCUUUAGGGAUUCUAAUACAGGUAGAAAGGUUUAGUUUAGGAUUAUUCAAAGCACUUUUGCAAUUUGUUGAUGGCCCAACAUGAUAGUUUGUACAGGUUAAUUAUUAGCUCAACUUAGUGGAAAUGGAUAAAGUGUCUUAACAGUUGAAUCAUGGCUCCUUUCUUUCAGCUACAAAAAUAUUUUAGAUACUGAAAAAUAUUUCUUUUCGGAAAGGAAAACCAUCAUAAAAUGCCCAAAAAUAACGAACAUAAUGCAGCAUGACUUUUUGUGUGCGUGUGUGUGUGUUUCUACCAUUUUUUUUUUUUUUUUUUUGGCUUUGUAAUUGAUGAAAAAUAUGAGUACGGCUAUGGGAACAUGUGCAGGUGUGUUGAGAUAUCAUGUUCAAAACCUAACAUACUGGUACAUGCGAGGCCAAAACUGUGAGUUGAAUUAAGUGACUUGAGUAAAAAGUGAUACCAAUGUGACAAAUAGGAUACGAGAACAAAGAUACAGAGAGUAUCCAAGUUUUGGUACAAAGGUAAAAGAAAAUUGGUUAGUGUAUUAUUAUUCUAGGUCUUAGUGAUCAUGAAACCCUUUGACUAAAUUUAAUUCAUGUUUAGUUGUGGUCCAGUUGAACAGUUUCCAAGUUGGCAAAGUUUUGGAGUCUGAGCAAAUUGAAUAAAAAAAUAAAUGCACUUAUCAGUCAUGAGGUCCUAGCAAAAAAUUAAAAAAAAAAAAAAAAAAAAGGAAAAUGCAUCAAUGCCAUAUUCGGUUGAUGGUCCAUUCUAAGUAGCUCUAGCAUCUAAGUAUAUUGGAAACUUUGUCCAACAUCAAAGAAGAGUAAUGGGUCUGAUUGUUUACGUCUUUUUUCCUCUUUGUCAGGACAAAAAACAUAUAAAAGGGCCAAUAAUUAUGGUAGAUAGUAGAUACAUGUGGAUAUGGGUCUCUUCCAAAAUGUAUUUUUCUUCUGAGAGUAUCUUUGAGUCCUCAAUUAGUCUUUCCAAUAAUAGCAUAGAAAAGCAUGACCUUUUAGUUUCCAUGUUUUUAUUAAAAUGAUGGGUUUUUACUGUUUCUUUUUGGGGGUAUGAAAACAAAAAUCAAAAUGGGACUCAUCAGCUUCAAAAAUUAUUAGGGAAGGAAAAGUAUCUGUAUCUGCUGGAAACACACAAAUAAUAUUCUGAUUCCCAAUUGAUGGUACUAUAGCAGAUGUGAGGAAGGGGAUGGGAGUAUCCCAUCCAUGGUAUAGCAAAUCUCUGUACCAAAAUCUAUGGCUCUGAUUUUGUUUCCAACAAAGGAAGAUUUUCUACAUCAUGGGUUUUUUGGCUUUGAGUCAGGGACCAUUACAGAGAAAAUAAUAGAGUGUGGAGUGAUUAAAGUGCAGAGCAAAACUUGGAGAGCAAAGUAAAAAAAAAGUCAUGGAGAGUAGCAGCUCAUUGAAUGUCCCAUCACCAUCAGCUGAAAUUCCACCAGGACUAGAAAUGUUACAGAAAGAGCAUGAAGAGAAAACAUUGAAGAUUAAGGAGCUAAAGAAACAAAUUGAAUGGACGAAACUUCGUUUGGACAAGAAGAAAACUGAAAUUCCAAAGGAGAAACUGGAAACUUUUAAGGCUCUCACUGAGAAAUAUGACACCAUGAGGGAAGAGUACAAUGCAAUGUUGGCUGAGAAGACCAAAGAACAAAACAAGUAAAAAAGUCUCUUUUAUAUAUAUAUAUAUAUAUAUAUGAAAAUACUGUUAUUGCCUAAAUAUGUAUCAGACAGGAAAGUUUUUCCUGAAUUUUCUUUAGUAUCAAAGACAUUACAAACUUUAUAAUC